ACAGCGCGCGGGCGGGGCGGCCUCGUUCCGGACGGCGGCGGCGGGCGGGCGGGACGGCGGCCGGCCCGGGGAUGCCGCUCGGGGCGCCGCGGUCCUCGUGCCAGUGACCGCGCGCCGCAGCCAUGACGGUGGAGUUCGAGGAGUGCAUCAAGGACUCGCCGCGCUUCAGAGCCACGAUCGACGAGGUGGAGACAGAUGUGGUCGAGAUUGAGGCCAAGCUGGACAAGCUGGCCAAGCUAUGCAGCAGCAUGAUCGAGGCGGGCAAAGCCUAUGUCACGACCAACAGGCUCUUUGUCAGUGGCGUCCGGGACCUGUCCCAGCAGUGCCAGGGGGACACUGUCAUCUCGGAGUGUCUGCAGAGGUUUGGGGACAGCCUGCAGGAGAUGGUCAACUACCACAUGAUCCUAUUUGACCAGGCCCAGAGAUCCGUGCAACAGCCGCUGCAGAGCUUUGUGAAGGAGGAUGUCCGCAAGUUCAAGGAGACCAAGAAGCAGUUUGACCGAGUGCGCGAGGACAUGGAGCUGGCCCUGGUGCGCAAUGCGCAGGCCCCCCGGCACCGACCGCACGAGGUGGAGGAGGCCACGGGCGCACUGACCCUCACCCGCAAGUGUUUCCGCCACCUGGCCCUGGACUAUGUGCUUCAGAUCAACGUCCUGCAGGCCAAGAAGAAGUUCGAGAUCUUGGACUCGAUGCUGUCCUUCAUGCACGCGCAGAGCGGCUUCUUCCAGCAGGGCUAUGCUCUGCUGCACCAGCUGGAGCCCUACAUGAAGAAGCUGGCUGCUGAGCUGGACCAGCUGGUGAUUGACGCAGCGGUGGAGAAGCGAGACAUGGAGCACAAGCACGCGGCCAUCCAGCAGCGGACACUGCUGCAGGACUUCUCCUCCGAGGAGCCCAAGGCCGAGUUCGACGUGGACGCGCCCAGCGGGGUGGUCAUGGAAGGCUACCUCUUCAAGAGAGCCAGCAAUGCCUUCAAGACGUGGAACCGCCGCUGGUUCUCCAUCCAGAACAGUCAGCUGGUUUACCAGAAGAAGCUCAAGGACGUGUUGACGGUGGUGGUGGACGACCUGCGCCUGUGUUCCGUGAAGCCGUGCGAGGACAUUGAGCGGCGCUUCUGCUUCGAGGUGGUCUCACCCACCAAGAGCUGCAUGCUGCAGGCAGACUCGGAGAAGCUGCGGCAUGCCUGGGUGCGUGCCGUGCAGGCCAGCAUUGCUUCUGCCUACCGGGAGAGCCCAGACAGCUGCUUCAGCGAGCGGCUGGACCGCACUGCGUCGCCAUCCACCAGCAGCAUCGACUCUGCCACAGAUGCCCGGGAGCGCAGCAUCAAGGGCGAGAGUGUCCUGCAGCGCGUGCAGAGCGUGGCCGGCAACAGCCAGUGUGGGGACUGUGGGCAGCCGGACCCCCGCUGGGCCAGCAUCAAUCUGGGCGUGCUGCUCUGUAUCGAGUGCUCUGGCAUCCACAGGAGCUUGGGUGUCCACUGUUCCAAGGUGCGGUCCCUGACUCUGGACUCCUGGGAGCCCGAGUUGCUGAAGCUCAUGUGUGAGCUCGGCAACAGCACCGUGAAUGGGAUCUACGAGGCGCACUGCGAGGGCCCAGGUGGCAGGAAGCCCACAGCCAGCAGCCCCAGGCAGGACAAGGAGGCCUGGAUCAAGGACAAGUACGUGGAGAAGAAGUUUCUGCAGAAGCUGCCCUCAGCACCCACCCGGGAAGCCCCUCGGCGCUGGCGGGCCCAGACGUGCGGGCGCCAGCUCUGCUCCCCGCGUGCCCCUGCUGCGCGCCACAAAGCCCGGCUGGAGCCCGGCCUGCCCACGGUGGCCGCGCUGUCCUCAGCUGCCGCUGUGGAGCGCAGGUUCCGCAGGGAUUCCCUCUUCUGCCCGGAUGAGCUGGACUCGCUCUUCUCCUACUUUGACGCAGGGGCAGCAGCAGCCGGUCCCCGCAGUCUGAGCAGCGACAGUGGUCUUGGGGGCAGCUCCGACGGCAGCGCUGACGUCCUGGCCUUCGCAGGCUCCAUGGUAGACAGCGUCACUCUGCAGGAGGGUGCAGAGUCCGAAGAGUCAAGCGGGGAGGCUGAGGCUGACGGAGACGGUGAGACUGAGGCCUGGGCCCUGGCGGAUGUGCGUGAACUGCACCCAGGCCUGCUUGCACACCGGGCCGCACGCACCCGCGACCUCCCGGCACUGGCUGCGGCCCUGGCCCACGGGGCUGAGGUCAACUGGGCGGAUACGGAGGACGAGGGCAAGACCCCACUGGUGCAGGCCGUGCUGGGGGGCUCCUUGAUUGUGUGUGAAUUCCUCCUGCAAAACGGGGCAGACGUGAACCAAAGAGACAGCCGCGGCCGCGCCCCGCUGCACCACGCCACGCUGCUGGGCCGCACAGGCCAGGUGUGCCUGUUCCUCAAGAGGGGUGCCGACCAGCAUGCCGUCGACGAGGGCCAGCAGGACCCCCUGAGCAUCGCAGUGCAGGAAGCCAAUGCAGACAUCGUCACCCUGCUCCGUCUGGCCCGCAUGGCGGAGGAGAUGCGCGAGGCCGAGGCGGCCCCGGGCCAGCCGUGCGCCCUGGGCGGCUGCAGCCCCACGGAGCUCCAGUACCGCAGGUGCAUCCAGGAGUUCAUCGGGCUGCACCUGGAGGACAGCUAGGCUCGCCCCUGCCCUGCCCUGCCAUCCCCGGGGCUCGGGCCCUGGGCGGGGAGAGGGGUCGGAGCCCGAGCUUCUGAGUCUGGGUGCCCCGCCCCGGGGGCCGCGCGCCCUUACCUGGCCUCCGUGGCCUGGGCUCACGGCUCCAGGGCCACCCCGGAGGGCCUGUGUCACUCGUGACCCCACGUUUCCUGCCCCGGAACGCGGGUCUACUAGUCCGGCCCAUCCCGGACACCCCCAGAAGCCCUGGGGGCCACUGGGCAGACGGCCGCCACCCAGGGAAGGAACCAACCGCGUACCUCACUCAGUGACCGCGCCCAGGCCGGCUCCGGGACCUCAGCCCGACUGGACGCAGGCGUCCGAGGACCCAGCCGUCCUUCCCUGCCCUCCUGAGGCCCACAGCCGGGGACAGCCACCAUCGCUGGCUCUGCCUGCUGUGGGAGCCGCGACUCUGGCUUCCUUGCCCUCAGAUGGACUCUCCCCGAGCCCACCCAGGCCUGCUUUCCGCACCCCUUGUGCAGGGACCCGGGGCUGGGGCUGGUCCUCUCCUCGCUACGGGCCCUCGGUCCCGCCAAGCUCAGUGGGCUGGUCACUAUGCAAAGGCGGUCCGGCGUGCCAUGGGCGGCAAGGUGCACUGCGCUGCCCACCCCCUUGCCUGCUGGCUCCUCCCGCUUGCGCCCGGCCCAGCCCUCUGCCUGCAUGGGCCCCGCCUCCCGCCCCGCCCCGCCUGAGGAGUCAAUAAAUCACCGCCGGAUGCUUCA